UGACAUGACCAGUGCUUCUUUGAUUGACUGUAUUUUGGCCCAAUGACCACUGAUCGUCUUGAAAUCUAGUUUGGUAGAGAGCCAAUGAGCCGAGGUAAACAACAAUAUCUAAUGGUUAUAUCUGGGAAGACCCGGUCUUGAACGAAAGUCACGCGUUACGCAGACAUUCGCCAUUGAAAUUUCUACCCGAAGGAGCCACGUUGUUUGCGCUAACAUUCGCCAUUGAAAUUUCUACCCCGAGGAGCCACGUUGUUUGCGCGUUAGCAGUAUUGAGUCAAGAUCAUUUUCCUCUAUAUUAUUGAAAUAAUUAUGGCGAGUAAAUCUGGAAAAUCAAAGGCAAAGUCCAGCUAUACAGAUCUACAUGCAAUUAUUGAUGAGAUUGCUAGAGAAAGUGACACAGAUUUACAAGAAGAUGUAUCAGAUUGUGUGUCAAGUUUGGACUCCCAAUUUGAGGACAUGUUUUUGUAUGGAAAAGAUGCAAUUCUCGAUUGUCCCUCCGAUUCUGAUUGGGAGCCCCCACUGCCAAGUUGCCCAUCCCCCAGGGGAGCUUGUUCAUUUAGCCGGACCCCUGCUGUCUCCGGCUCCACAUCUACCCCCGCCCUGCCAGGUGUGACAAAGAAGCGGCGGUGGGGAAGAGAUACACCUGCAAUCAGAGAGGAGGAGGGUCGUUGGCACUCUGUGCUGGAGGAGGAUGUGGCGCCUCCACAUCCAUUAUUCAGACCAAAGAGGCCAUUAGGCCCAAAGCUGGAUAUGACAUCUAAAUCCACAGAGGAAGCAAUCUCUAUGGACUUCCUGAUGGGCCACCCCCAGGUGGUAGGCAAUGACACAUCCGCCACUCUGACCAUCAACAUGAGGGCCUCUCAGGGGUGUGUGCGUAGUCCCGUCCUGUACUCCCCAUUCACCCACGAGUUUACUGACGACACGACGGUGCAGGCUGUGCUGGUGACGGUGCCCCCUGUUCCCAGACGGCACUGCUGUGGCGGUCCCACUGCGCCGCUUGUCUCCUCGAUAUGGGGUCGCCAAGGUCAACUGUUUGUGGCCUGGUCCCGGAUCGCAGCAGUAGAUACCAAACCCAGCUGA